CAGGGCCCUAUUGUGCAGUCUGAAUAAGAGGUAUCCUUUUCAGAACAAUCAGAUACUGAUAGAGCAGCAUCUAGAAGGGGCCCACCAACACAUAAACAGGGUUUCGGUAGACAUUUGGGCAACAGAGGCCCAAGAUGGGGGGGUGGACAACACACCAUAGCGAUAUCUUUUUGGAUAAUGUCACACGUGACCUUGAAUCCCUCAGAAAGACUAAUUCUCCUCAUAACCUUAAGCGUCAAGAGAUGUCUUCCUUGAUUAAUCUUGAAAAGGAUAAAUUAAUUAUUAUUAAGCUAUCGGACAAGGGGGGCAAUCUUGUUAUUCUUAGUCAUGUGUCUCAGGCUUCUCAAUGACCAGACUUGUUAUCGUAUUCUGGACUAUGACCCUACACCGACAUUUUUACGUCAACUACAUGACAUCCUUGAAGACAAACAAGAGUGGAAGUCAGCUUCACUUAUCCCAAGCGAACGUAGUCUCAACAGCAAACAGGCAAGAACAGGACAGGAACCAGCGCUGGAAUAUCUUCAAAUUUAUUGGAGGUUAAAACACAGGAAAGGAUGAGCACACGUACAGACACGCGGAGAAGGCAGUAACGCGUUUCAGGUCACGUGACCCUUCAUCAGACUGAUGCAAAGGGAUUGAUGCACACAAAUUUAUGGUGGUUCACAUAAAGGACUUACUCACCCCUCCCGAUUCCUUCAUCCGAUCCCUCCCAUAUCUCGGGGAGUACAUAAUCUGGACAUCAUCCUUCCUCCCAAGCUUCCCUCUUGGGGCCCCCAGACCGGACUGUAUCACGCACCUGUGGGAUCCCGCCAUCAGACCUUGUUGCUCCCGUAUGUCGAUCAUCCUCGACAUCUAACCCUGUCAACCGGGCAUACAUAUGCAAAAGACCCUUUCUACUUAUUCUACGUCAGAGUGGAGACUCCUCUCAUCACAUAAACAGGUGUCAUCAAGCACCCCGAUUUAAGUGUGAAGAGUCAGUUACAGAGCAGCGCUCUCUGCUCAGCAGGAAGAACAACCAGAAGCUGCAGAGCCCUGAGCAGCAGAGCAGCUACUGGCGAGAUAUUGUUGUUAGGCGACUCCUGUGAAGUUGUUCAGGUUUUCAGCAGCACACUGCAUUGUUGAGCAGUAGGUGCCCCCUCCAGGAGUCAUGUCUUUUUGUGAGUACAGCACUGAUAAGGAGCUUCGGAUAAGGAGUGUACCACUGGGCACUCUGAAGUGGGUGAUCUCUGCAGGAGUGUUUCUAUACAUGUGCACUAUAUUGUUUACUGAAAAACGUUAUCAGAGAAAGGAAACUGUUAUCAGUUCAGUGCACACAAAGGUGAAAGGAGUUUUGGAAGCUAAUUCCAGUAUCUGGGACCCUGCUGAAUACACAGUGCCUUCCCCUGAUGGUUCCUCCUUUUUUGUAGUAACUAAUGUAAUAAAAACAGAAAAUCAAAAAGAAGGCAUCUGUCCAGAGUUUCCACAUCGGAAAACAAUUUGUUCUCAAAAUAUGUGUAAGAAGGGUCACGCUGACACAUACAGUAAUGGAAUUCAGACUGGUCUCUGUGUAGAAUUUAACAAAACUUACAAAACGUGUGAAGUCAGAGCAUGGUGCCCAGUGGAGUCCAGGAGCACUCCAGAACCUGCCAUUUUGGCAAGUGCGGAAAAUUUCACAGUUUUAAUAAAGAACACAAUUCAUUUUGCUACUUUUGGUUUUACAAGGAAGAACAUCCUUCCAGAAUACAAUGUAACCUGCAAGUAUAACAAAGUGACAGCUCCUCGAUGCCCCAUAUUCAGACUUGGUGAUAUUUUAUCGGAAGCUGGAGAGACAUUUUCCCAAGUUGCAAUUUUGGGUGGCAUAAUGGGCAUUGAAAUUCAUUGGAAUUGUGAUCUAGAUCCUUGGGCAUUUAGUUGCCAUCCACAAUACAACUUUCGACGUUUGGAUGAUAAAGCUGUGGAUGAAAGUUUGUUUCCUGGUUUAAGUUUCAGGUUUGCAAAGCACUACAAGGCCCCUGAUCAGACUGACCGGAGGACUCUAAUAAAGGCAUAUGGGAUAAGAUUUGACAUUCAAGUCUAUGGCACAGGAGGACAGUUCAGAUUUUUAGAACUAGUGAUAUUUAUUGGUUCCUAUCUUUCCUACUUUGGAUUGGCUACAGUAGUGAUCGAUCUCAUUGUCAGCCAAUAUUAUACCUGUUGCUGCAGUCCAAAGUCAGGACAGAAGUACUAUGAUGAGCAGAAGUACAAAGAAAUACAAGGACCCAGUAUCCUCACAUCAUGUUUGGAUCUUAAGUUUAUAUCAUAUGUGGAUCAAAAUUAUAUUAUCAUGGUGGAUAAAAGGCUAAAGAAAAGUUUACAAGAAACAAAUGGUCAUCAUAUCCAGAGAAAGAAAUUUACUUCCAGUAAAUUCUUUAGAUGGAUGGAAGAUCCUGCAGGCAUUGAACUAUUACCUCCUACCUCAAAAGACUUUACUAAAGACUCAGCAGUUCCUGAAUGGUGUCGAUGUUUAAAAUGUCACAAGGAGAAAGGGUUUGAGGAUCAGCUCUGCUGCCGAUCAAAAAAAGGAGAGUGCAUUACCAACUCGGAUAUGUUUAAGAAACUGGUCCUGGACAGAAACACUCUGGCCUACAUUCUGCAGUACAAUGAUCCAUUGUUAAACAUACACUCUUUAGAUAGUAAAAAACUUGUUGACUGUGCAGAGGAGCAAUAUAUACAGUGGCGUUUUGGGUCCAAUAAGGAUAUUAUGUGCUUUUCCAAAGUUCCAAGCUGCUGUAAAUUUAAGAUUAGAAAUGUUUUUAACAGUGAAAUUGAAGAAACUGCAUUAGAUGAAAAAACGCAAUCAUCAUCUGAUGCUUCACGGAAAGCCUUGCUACAGCAUCAUCAUAAGUAGCAAUACUUUGGCUAAACUACAGUAGUUUUUUCUACUAGGUACGGUUACAUAACUGCUGUAGCUUUGAAAUUAAACAUUGCCUUCAGAUCACAUAACUAAUAUUUUUAAUGGGAAUAAUGAAAAUAUUGUUCCAGUGUCUAAAUUUUGCUGUUACAGGAUGCCCCCUACUAUUCUUCUGAUUCCACACUUUUACCUAACCUGCCCUAUACAUCAGUCAAGGAUGAGCUGGGAAGUGAGCGCAAGUGAGGAGGCAUACCAUACUCAAGCAUUUGAGCAGCUCCUUAACACUUGGUUUAGAAAUACAAAGGUGAUUUUAUAAGUUUGGCUCAAAGAAAUGUACAGUUUACUAUUUUACCUUAACAGCUAUUCAGUGUUACCUGCAGCUCUUAGCAGCAAAGAAUGCAGCUGAUUUUGCUACCCAUUGACAUCAAUAGAUGGAUAGAAAAUAUGCAGCAGCAAAAUAUGCAACGUGUUUCCUUACCCUAAAUAUUUUUAGUUAUGUCUGUAAUUUUCCUUUUUACUAUCUAUAUAUAGAAUAAUCCUGAAAUCUUGCAGUUUUUAUUAUGACCACUAGGCCUAAUGUUAAGCUAAGACUUCCUGUUCUGUACAGAUGACUUUCUAACAGUGUCCUCCUUAUCGUCACAUAUAGGAGUACAGUGAUUAUAUGACAGUAUAUAUAUAUAUGACAAUAAGACAAUAGAUGAUGUUUACAACUCUGCCUCCCCUCUCUGUGAAAUGACCUCUGUAAAAGUCACAGAGCCUGCCCAGAAACCUUUCCCAUUCAUGUCAAUGGGACAGCUGCAGUCUAUUGUUACCUAUGUCCAUGGGGCUUGCUGUAAAGCAUAUGUCCAAAUGCCAUUAAAACAGCUCAGUCAAGAUGGCGGCCCCCAUAUCUUUUUAUAACUGACUGUAAUAAAUGUUGUUGAACCUGACAGCACUGGUACGAUGUAAACAAAUCAGUUCACAAGGAAAUGUUCACUAAUCACUACUUCACACAGUUAUGCACUGUAACAUGUGUAUUUCUACAACCCUUUCAGCAGUACUUGCUAUCCUCAAGCCACGAUCAGCCAGUUACUUCUGACUGUGGCUUAAAAACUGCAGUGGCAGUUCAAAAAAAAAGACGCCAGAGAAAAACUGUGUGGAAGCCUAGCUUAAGACAGUCCAUCAAUAACCAUUGUAUCCAUAAUAAUCCAGUGGCACUGACCAUCCAUAAAAACAGACUUAUAUCCUUCUUCAUAAAUUCAAAUAAACUGAUCAUGAUGACUCAUCACCUUUCCCUACCUACAGCUGUUUUGCACACACUUGAGCUAUCUCUAAGGCCUUGAGAAAGUGUAGGUGUGUGCAAAACAGCUGUAGGCAGGGAAAGGUGAUGUGUCCUCCCCAUCAGUAUAUCUGGAUGUACGAAUGAGAACGAAAACGUUUUUGUGGGGAUAGUUAGUGUCAAUGGAUUUCUAUUAAUAUAUUAACAAUACUGGGUUCUUCAAGUGAUUCUAUAAUUAGGCAUAAUACUGGUGAAUGCCAUUAAAUCCAUAUUUUUGGUCUCUUUAUUGCAUAAAAUGAAUACAGAACAUGGUACAUGGCAAACAAAAAAAUGAUGAGUCUCAGGUACUGUUUGCACCCGUAGUCAUACGAAAAACGUAGAUUUAAGAAUAUAUUUAUAUAGAGGUCAUAUAAUAUAGCAACUCCUCCUACUUGUUAACCCUUUUUAUAGGAAUUGUGACAAUAACCAUGCCUCUGAUCAGGUAUUAUUAUUUAUCAUGUUAGGAAGCAGUGUGUAUAAUAACAAGGGUUGUUAUAGUAUAAUACGUUAGCUGUUUAACAUAACCUUACUUUACAAGUAAAAGCUGUUCUCUUGAAGUAGAUUGUUAUUGUGACAAUUCCUAUAGAAAGUUUUAAUAUGUGAAGUAGUGAAGGGUACAAACCGUACCUAAAAUGCGUAACUUUUUUAUUUGCUAUCCCGUGAUCUGUAUGCAUUUUAUGCAAUAAAGAAACUACAAGUGGUUUUACGUGCACAUGACUAUGCUGGACCUCCUUCCUUCCUGCAUUUGUUUAUUUUGGGUAUAGUCCUGCACCUGUCCAGUGUGCAGCGCUGACCACGUGCUGGAAGAGCUACUUUUACUACUACUAUAUUUUUGCUCUACAACUUUAUAUUAAUACACAUUUUUCACAGUUUUUUGUAUUUGUA